AUGUCAAUUGGCCAUUCAGACGCUGCAUCGAUCCUGCCCUCAAAGGAGCAUGUAGACUACGAAGAACUCGAUCUCGACAUAGAAUUCGGUGGUCUAGAGGCGCGCAAUAAGCUGGAGCGCAAACUUUUAUGGAAACUCGACCUGCAUAUGUCAAUCCUGGUUCUGAUCUACAUCCUCAAUUAUCUCACCACCGACCUUCAUCUCGAGGGUCAACAGUAUGCGACGCUCUUGUCUAUUCUCCUUGUCGGAUAUAUUAUCAUGCAGACCCCCUCUAACAUGUUUCUCAAUUACAUUGGGAAGCCGUCGCUUUAUCUGCCUGCUUGUAUGGUUAUUUGGGGAGUCGUAUCGGCUUUGACUGGGAUUACUACAAACUUUGUCGGAGUGCUCCUUACGCGGUUCUUUCUCGGCUUCGUGGAAGCAGCAUUUUUUCCUGGGGCCGUAUUCUUGAUUUCAAAGUGGUACAAGAGAACAGAAAUAGGUGUCAGAUUAGCCAUCCUCUAUUGUGGGAACAUUAUUAGCAAUGCCUUCGGAGCUCUCAUUGCAUCAGGUGUUCUUGUGAACAUGAACAACGACCUCGGACAAGCCGCAUGGAGGUGGCUUUUCUACAUUGAAGGAGCUCUAACUAUCUCUGUUGCGAUAAUUGCUGUCUUUAUUUUGCCGGACUUUCCGACAAACACGAAGUGGCUUUCUGAUGACGAGCGUCGGCUUGCGUUGAAGCGUAUGGAGGAGGAUGCUGGUGUCGGAGACCAGUCAGAGACUGAGCAUGGGGGUCGCGGUCACGGUUUUUACCUCGCUGUCAUCGACUGGAAAGUGUGGUGGUUCUCGUUGAUAUGUGCUGUUCAAGCGGUAGCACUGUCCUUCACUGUCUAUUUCCCCACUCUUACUGCGACACUUGGGUACAACCCAACGGUGACGCUGCUCCUUGUUGCGCCCCCCUUCGUCUUUGCUGCCAUUAUCGCAUUCGUAUGGACCAGGCACUCUGAUAGAACACAGGAACGGUUCUACCACAUGGGCGCAUCAAACAUUGUUGCUAUCAUUGGGUUCAUUAUUUCAAUGUGUACCAUGAACACUGCUGCCCGAUACUUGUCAUUGUUCCUCAUUGCGCAGGCCUAUGCAGGAAUUAUGUUGUUGGUCGCAUGGAUCAGCACCUCAUUUCCUCGACCGCCGUCAAAGCGUGCAGUGUGUUUUUCGCUCAUCAAUUCGCUUCAGCAACUCGGCAGUAUUGCAGGGUCGUACGCCUGGCCAUCCAUUUGGGGCCCUACCUAUCGGUACUCGUAUGCUAUUUGCCUCGCCGCUAGCUGUACUACAAUUAUAAUGAGCUGGAUUUUCCGGCAGCAUCUGAAGACAUUGAACACGAAGCUGGGGAAAGAAGAGCAGGAUAAGGGAGUUAAAGAAAAAGGAUUCCGCUAUAUUCUGUAAUAGAUGACGUGGUGAUCUGCAAGCUGGUAAAUCUACGAACAGCCAUGUACUAGUGACGUUUAAAAGGUUCC